AUGGGUUGGGAAGCUUUUCUUCAGGUGUUAGCAAAACUCUUCUUGGGUGUUCUUUCCUGGCCUUCAUUUAAUUUGGUUUAUACCCUGUAUGCUUCCAUUCAGGCUAUAGAGAGUGACUCUCACUCCAGAAAUCAGCAAUGUCUUUCUUACUGGGUUAUGUUUGCUUUGUACAAAAUCUCAGAGGAAGCGCUUGGAAAACUUUUUUACUGGCUUCCGGUGUGGCCCUACACAAAGGGUGCCAUUACCGUCUUGCUGGUGUUACCUUACUUUGGUGGUGCUUCUUAUCUGUACAAGCAUUUUAUUAGGCCCUAUAUUUCUGAGAAUUCAGUUAUAUGGAAAUGGAACAUCCUGUCCAUACAAAGGAUAAAUGGUUUCAGUUCAGGGGAGGAUAACUAUCCUGAUGUAGUUGAUAAAAACGUUAUCAGGACCGAACCACAAAAGUCAGAGGGAGCUGUCAUAUUUAAGGGAACACCUGCGUCAAGUUCUGAAACAGAAGGAAGGGAGUAUACUUCGCCUAGUAGUCCAAAGAAAAUUCAGAAGGAGUGGACCUGUGCUCUUUGUCUAAUUAGCACUACAAGUGGAAAAUGUUUGAAGAAACACCUCCGAGGGAAAAAACAUAAGAACCAAGUAGAAGCACUAAGAACUUACAAACAAGGCCCCAGUAGUGGAUACGAAUCGUCCCUAAAGCUGAAGAGAACAAAUGGAAUGAUUUUUAAUCUAAACCAAAUGGCAAGAGCAAAUGGAAAGAUUUUUAAUCUAAACCAAAUGGCAAGAGCAAAUGGGAAGAUUUUUAAUCUAAACCAAAUUGCAAGAGCUAACCUGGAAAAAUGGAGCGGCAUUCUAAGCCCAGUUUCCAGACCAAUUAGAAAGUGUAUAUGGAAAAAGCCGGAGCUCGGAUGGACAAAAUUAAAUACAGAUGGAUCUGUAGACCGAGAAAAUGCUGGUUAUGGUGGUCUACUUCGUGAUUAUAAGGGUGAGCCAAUAUGUGCUUUUGUCUCUAAAGCUCUAGGAGAUGACAUUUUUUUGGUUGAACUAUGGGCUAUAUGGAGAGGCCUUGUUCUUGCCUUGAGUCUUGGGAUUAAAGUAAUAUGGGUCGAGUCUGAUUCAGAGAGCGUUGUGCAGACCAUUAAUAGAGACCGGCCUUACGGUCAAAAGGCUAGUAGCUGUUUGAAGCAUAUCUGGGAACUUCUAAAGAAAUUCGACAAGCACCAGGUAUCUCAUUCAUGGCGUGAAACUAACAGGGCUGCUGAUCAUCUUUCAAAAAUGGUUCUUUUGGGAAGUGAUGUUGUUUUCUGGCCAGUGGAUUUUCCUGAUAGCCUUUGUAACAUUAUCAAGGAGGAUGCCGAAGGCAGGAUAUAUUUUAGAUGUUGA